AUGCCACAUCCUAUGCCUGCAACCAGGGCUAUCGUGCCAGCUGGUGAUCUCCAGUCAUUUACUGAAUAUCUUAGUGGCUGCAAGCGAAUCAUUGCCCUUCUUGGAGCUGGAAUCUCCGCAUCAUCAGGCUUACCUACAUUCCGUGGUGCUGGUGGACUCUGGCGUUCAUAUGAUGCAACCUCUCUAGCAACCCCAGAGGCCUUCCAGAGAACUCCAGGUCUUGUAUGGCAGUUCUAUAGUUACCGAAGACACAUGGCCCUACAAGCGGAGCCUAACAAAGCGCACUACGCGCUGGCAGAACUGUCGCGGAGGAAUCAAGACUUCGUCACGCUAAGCCAGAACGUUGACGGUCUCUCCCCACGAGCACUCCACCCAUCUAAGCAACUACAUCUACUACAUGGUAGCCUCUUCAAUAUCAAAUGCACAUCCUUCUAUUGUGAUUAUACGCGCGAAAACGACUUUACAGACCCGCUCGUUCCAGCGCUAGAUAUUCCUAAAAUUUGCGCCGGCCUGAAUCCCUCCGCGACCGACAAGACCGGCGAAGAAGCAGCCAGAAGUAUACAGAACGUGCUGGGCACCAGAGAGGAAUUAGACAUCUCCGAUGCUAGCAAUCCAAUCCCUCAGCUCACCGAGGAUGAACUCCCCAAAUGUCCCAAGUGCAAGACUGGCUUGCUUCGUCCGGGUGUGGUAUGGUUUGGAGAAUCUCUGCCCGAGAAAACGCUUACAGAAGUCGACCGUUGGAUUGCCGCUGGUCCUAUUGAUCUUUGUCUGGUUAUUGGUACCAGUGCGAGGGUAUGGCCUGCUGCAGGAUAUGUUGACGAAGCUCGCUCUCAGGGUGCGCGCAUCGCUGUGUGUAAUAUGGAUUAUGACGAUACUCCUGGUGAUCUUCAGUUUGGAGAUUGGUUUUUCCAGGGUGAUGCUGGGGUGAUUGUGCCUGAGAUUCUGAAGAGUGUCAUUGGCGAGAUUUGA